AUGGUCAAAGAGACGACAUACGACGCAGAGCGCAACAGCUCAAACUCGGAACUGGAAUCUUUCCUGGAUCCAGAGCCUCGUCCCGCAAAAUGGCCCGGAAAAGCGAGACCCUGGCUCUGGGAUGUUGCCCUGCUGCUCAUUGCCUCUGGCUGGCUGAUUCCCGUUUUCGCACCCUCACUCCCUUCCACCUCCUCCUCCGCUUCACCUGCAGAGAGUGAUCUCUGGGAGAGGCCUCACAACACGCCGCUCCCUCCUGAGGUCUUUGAGCGCGUCCAAAAGACGUUUGCGCCGGACGAUCGGUAUAUUGGGCCCUCAAACGCCACCCACCGCAACUGGGAUCAUCUCGUCGCCGCUCACGACGCUCUUUAUAUUCCCGAUGCUGAGAAGUACAACUUACCCAAGGGCAUAUAUCCUUCUUUUGAGCACCCAAACAAGAUCGGAAACGGCCCUCCGGCGUUUUACGUCGUGACUGUCCUGCAUGAGCUGCAUUGCCUGAAUAUCAUUCGCUUCCACUACUGGCAAGUAAAGGGCGUCACCCCCCCAACUCCGGGCUACUCUGAGGCCUCAUGGGAAGUUCACCUGGAUCAUUGUUUCGAAUAUCUCCGACAAGCCAUCUCUUGCGGGUCAUCAUUCGGUAUCGAGGGUGCAUCCCCGCUGGAGGACCCCGAGGACCAUAGUCACAUUGCGUCAACUGUGACCGGUUGGGGCUUGGAGCACACUUGUAUUAAUAUCGAAGCUCUGCGUGCCUUCCAAAUCAACCAGGAAAAGGUUUACAACAGUACGUGGCAGUAG